GAAUAUAUUAUUUCAGUUUAAAUAAUUGCCGAAGGAUGUAUACAUAAUUUUGUGAUUUUUGAAGUGUGGAUUAAAUAUAAGAUAAUAAAAAUCCAAUAAUGUUUUCCAAAAAGUAAUACAUUCAACCUAAUAGAGAAGAGUACAGCGUUAGAAAACAGUUCAACAAUGGUUCGACGACUUACACAUAAUCAUUAUAUUGCAUCACCACUUGAAGAAUCAGACUCCCCUACACCAAUACACACUAAUCGAAGUCAUCAUCAAAAUGGUGGCCAUAUUAGCAGUAAUCGAAGUGGGCUAGGUCUUUCAAAUCGUGGUUACUCAACGGAUGGUGAAGAAAGUUUGCACAGGGGAGCACCUUCUGAUCGAACCGUUAGUGAAUACACGAUAACAAAUGAACGUGAACGAGAACGCGAACGUACACUAUCACGAAGUCCACCAACUGCACCAUCACGUAAAAAUAAACAUCGCACGCAAAAUGGCAAUAGUUCAAGUAAUGGACAUCAUAUGCCAUCAACGUUAAGUUAUUCAAGAAAUGGAGCCUACGAUGAAAAUGGAUCUGAUAUAUACGUUACGAGUGCAGCUUAUAAAGCUCCAUCAGAAAUUAGUCGGGGGUCCCGUUACAGUCGUCAUUCAAGAAGUGUAGCACCCAGUCACUAUUCGUACAGGAGUGGAACUCGUGCACCAUCAGUUGCCAGCACAGUAAAGACAAGAACAUCUCGUAAAGGAGGUGUUACUAUUGAAACGAUGGCGGCACCAAAUCCUUUUUGUCCAAAUAUUAAAGGAAUGUGCUGUUUGAUGCUUUUAAUUAAUUUAGGAUUAAUAUUAGUAUGCUUGGGUUUUGUUAUUGUUAUACAAUUUUUCGAUUUUGCUAUUUGGGGCUUGGGAAUAUUAUUCCUUGUAUUUGGAUUUUUAACAUUAAUUGGAAGUUUGGUGUACUGUGUAGUUGUAUGUCGUGAAGCUAGACCACCUCCAAGACAUCCAGAUGAUUUAUAUUGGACACAUCAUUGGCAGAAGAAUAUCGGCUCACCUGAGAUUCAUUACAAAGCUGAAGAAAAAUAUACCGAUCCAGAUCGAUAUAGUGAUCGAUAUUCUGUUGGGAAAAUGUCAAAUAAAUAUUCCGAUCGAAGUCAUCCACAACGAUAUUAAGUUGAGCUUCGUGUAUAAAAUAAUUUUAUUCCACUUGUUUGAUGCUAUAUCCAAUUCUUCGCCAUCUUCAAAUUAAAGUUUUUUUAUAUAACUUCGAUAUAAUAUUAUUAACUACCUAGUCUAUUUAAUUGAACAAAAUUUCUUUUCUUGGAAAGCCGAAAGAAUAAAACUUGUAAAUAUCGAUUCAAACCACAGAAUCUAGUUAAUAGAUUCGAAGAGCUAAAAAUAAUCUUAAUGUCACGUACCUAAUACUACAAUUUUUUUUAUUACAAAAUUUAUUUUAAGGUGUUUCUAACGACAUGAGAGAGCACGCGAUAUCAUAGAAAGAGACAAAAUAUUGGAUUUUAAUACUAAGAAAGACUUUAUCUACCGAUAAUAAACGGAACUAUAGUUUGCAAUGCUCAUAGAUUCAUAAUAUUGAACAGAAAUGCGAGUCUUGGCUCAAAAAACGUAUUAUCUCCAACUUUCCUUUUUAAUGUAAUCUGCAAAUUCAAUAACUUUCCCAAAAAAACCCAAAAAAGAAAUCUUUUUUUCAAAAUUUUCAAAAAAUCCGCCAAAAAAGAUCGUUCCGGGAAAAAAUUAUUGUGCAACUUUUUUGGAUUUUUGUUUUUGAUAACAUUUCGAACUCACCCCCCAUGGUCUCGAAGUAUGUACCUCAAAAAAAGUUUUUUCCAAAUAAGGGGACUGAACUAUAGCACAAAUUACUAAAAUUGAAACGUUUCAUUUUAUACUUUGUAAUAAUAUUAUACUCCAUUUAUGCUCCUUUCUCUUAGACAAUGUUAUAUACUUUAAUGAAAUUUGUCGGUACGAAACAAACAACUGUGAAAUAUAUCAAAUAUUCAC